AUGAGGAAUUUUCUGCUUCUUGUGAAUAUUCUGGCACUCACCUUGCCUUUUUUGGCUGCAGAGGUGCAAAACCAGGAACAACUAUGCCGUGAAAAGAAUGAACAAGUGUUUGAUCGGAAGAGAGUCCUUCCCAGCCCAGUUCAUUAUGUGUUGAGCAGCAAAGCUCAUUACGACCCCAGUUACUACCAGUACAGACCAAUGGUAGCAGUGAGCCCCUAUGUGCCUUACCAGUACUUUGUGAGGCUGCUGGUGCUUAGGCCCCCUGUCCAGCUCUCCAACUGGCAGGUCCUUCCAAACAUCCCCCAGCCUGCUGGGGUACCUCGCCCCAACCCACGCCCAUCAUUCCUUGCCAUCCCUACAAACGCGGAUCCGAACGCCAGCGCCAUCCCCAGCGCCAACGCCGCCCUCGCUGCCGCUCCCGUCCAGCCCACGCCCGUUCCCGCCGCCGAGCCCGUGGUGAGCACAGUGGCCAAUCCAGAAGUUUCUACGGUGGCUUCCACCGCUACUGAGACUGCCACAGUCCCAGUCACUUCGCCUGUGCCGGAAAAACACUAGGGAAGCUUCAAAGAAGAAAACAGGCCUCGCUGAGACCACAGGACCACACAGACUGUCCUUCAGCCACUCGUCUUCAGAGAAAGUGUGAUGGUCACAGAUUCUGUUCCUUUCCUUUCUCCCCUUACAUUUUAGACUCAUG